AUGGCCCUUCUUCCCGGCAACGCCACGGCGCCCUGUGGCUCUGUCUCCAUCGUGUUCCCCUUGACCAUGAUGAUCACGGGCAUAGUGGGCAACGGGCUGGCGAUGCUCUUGGUGUACCGAGCCUAUCACAAGAAGGAGAACCAAAGGAAGAAGUCGUUCUUGUUGUGCAUCGGCUCCCUGGCCCUGACCGAUCUCACCGGGCAGCUGGUGACGAGCCCCAUUGUCAUCUCGGUGUACUUGGCUAACCGGAACUGGGGCGAGGUGGACCCGUCUCUGAAACUGUGCACCUUCUUUGGCAUGUGUAUGACUGUCUUCGGGCUGUGCCCUCUCUUCAUCGCCAGCGCCAUGGCUGUCGAAAGGACUUUGGCCAUCCGAGCCCCGCACUGGUACUCUGGCCACAUGAAGACCAGGGUGACUAAAUCGAUCAUUCUCAGCGUGUGGCUGGCCGUCUUUGCGUUUGCACUUUUGCCCAUCAUUGGCGUAGGGAAGUACGCUCUCCAGUGGCCAGGCACCUGGUGCUUCAUUGGCACCAGGGAUGAUGAGGGCGCAGGGAUGGGCAGCUCAGUCUUUGCUUCGAUUUUUGCUUUCUUGGGUCUCUUCUCCCUCGUUAUCACUAUGGCCUGCAACGUGGCAACCAUUGUCGCUUUGGUGUGUCGGUGCCGAACCAAAAGCUCCAGGUCUCAGUCCAGGAGGCAGUGGGGCCGAAUCACCAUGGAAACCCUGAUCCAGCUGCUGGGUAUCAUGUGCGUCCUCUUUGCCUGCUGGUCUCCCCUUUUG